UGCCGUCUCAAUCACUUAAAUACGCUCUUUGUACCCAUCUUUCCUUUUUCUGUUAUCUCUUUCCUUUUCUCCAUAUUAUUACUGAACCAGAAGCUUACUAUCUAUUUUCAACCUUUUCUUCUCUGAAAAUUCAGAGACACAGAGCAGAGGUAAAAGAAAUGGCUGCUGACGGGAGUAGUGAAAGAGCAGUGAGUCGAAAAGUGCUUCAGAUCUCCGCUGGUGCUAGUCAUUCCGUUGCUCUUCUAUCUGCAAAUGUCGUUGUCUCAUGGGGAAGGGGAGAGGAUGGACAACUCGGCCUUGGGGAUGCUGAAGAUCGAUUUUCUCCAACUCAGGUCAGUGCAUUGGAUGAGCAGCAAAUAGUAUCUGUCACUUGUGGAGCUGAUCAUGCAACUGCUUACUCUGAGGCCCUCAAGCAAGUCUAUAGCUGGGGAUGGGGUGAUUUUGGGAGAUUGGGUCAUGGAAACUCCAGUGACUUGUUCACUCCUCAACCAAUAAAAGCACUGCAUGGUAUAUGCAUUAAGCAGAUUGCAUGUGGGGACAGCCAUUGUCUUGCUGUGACAAUGGAAGGCGAAGUGCAGAGUUGGGGGAGAAAUCAAAAUGGCCAACUAGGCCUUGGCACCACAGAGGACUCUCUUGUGCCUCAAAAGAUUGAAGCUUUCAAGGGAAUACCUGUAAAAAUGGUUGCUGCUGGUGCCGAACAUACAGCUGCUGUUACAGAAGAUGGUGAACUUUAUGGUUGGGGUUGGGGUCGAUAUGGUAAUCUGGGGUUAGGUGACCGAAAUGAUCGCUUGGUUCCAGUAAAAGUUUCAGCUACUGUGGGAGAAAAGAUGUUCAAGGUUGCAUGCGGUUGGCGGCACACUAUCUGUGUUUCCUCUUCUGGUGCUUUGUAUACAUAUGGUUGGAGCAAAUAUGGUCAACUAGGACAUGGUGAUUUUGAGGAUCAUCUUUUCCCUCAUAAGGUUCAAGCUUUGCAUGGCAGUUUUACUUCUCAGAUAUCAGGUGGUUGGAGGCAUACCAUGGCGCUUACUGCUGAUGGAGAACUUUAUGGUUGGGGUUGGAACAAGUUUGGACAAGUUGGUGUUGGUGACAAUGUUGAUCAUUGUUCACCUGUACAAGUGAAAUUUCCACAUGAUCAGAAAGUAAUUCUGAUUUCAUGCGGAUGGAGGCACACACUUGCUGUUACAGAAAGACAGAAUGUCUUUUCCUGGGGAAGAGGUACAAAUGGUCAGCUAGGUCAUGGGGAGUCUGUUGAUAGGAAUGUCCCAAGGAUAAUAGAAGCAUUAAGUGUUGAUGGAUCAAGUGGACAACAAAUCGGGUCUUCGACUUUUGACCCAUCAGCAGCUGAAAAAUCUUGGGUUUCACCUACAGAGAGAUAUGCUGUUGUUCCAAAUGAAAAUGUGCCCAAGCAAACAGUGACUUCAGUAAAAGGGAACGGAAACGACGUAAAUGUGCCUGAAAAUGAUGUGAAAAGGAUACGGCUAUGAGAUUUUUAGUGUAUGCAUGUAACAGUUUCACGUUUGCUGGUGGACUUUCUGCACUGAUAUCUGCUUUUCAAAUAAUAGUAUACCUCUAUUUAAGUCGCUAGGAAACGGGCUAUGCAGAUCUGCAUUUCUUUUUAUGAUUUUCUACAUGUCUUCGGGUGUGAUUACUGGUUUUAGAACAAGUAAAAUUGAAAGUGCUAUAUAUUCUUGCACGAAGACACAUGAAAUGAAGUUUUGAUCACCAAUUGUGUUUGA